AUGGCAGUAUGGGGAAAGUUGUCUAAAUGUUGCUGUUUCCCAUUAGCAGGGGGAUGCACAGCAGCUGCCAUAUUUCAUUUUAUAGCUUGUUUAGCAUGUAUAUUCACGUCGGAACAAAAUUAUAAAGUGUGGACUGUUGUUUCAAGUGGAUUAUUAGGAUGUUUGAUUGUUCUUGGUCUGAUACUUAAAAAUUUUAUUAUAUUUUAUAUUGUUGCAAUUUUUACAGCCAUUAAUGUGUGUUUUUAUGUUGUGGCUCUAGUAUUUCUUAUUAUUGCUUUAUUUGCUGUUACUGAAAUAAGUAUACAAAGCAAAGUUUUUAUAAUAUUUAUUAUAUUUGCCUUGCUAGUUGGAGAAGCGUUUUUCCUUAAUUUAUAUUUGUCUAUAUGCAAAGUUUUUAAAGCAGGGGGAACAGGAUGGGAAUUCAAAAACUAUAUGGAGAUAGAAAAUGACAUGCAAAAAGAAAAAAAAAAAAAGGAGAAGGAAGAUGCAAUGAAACACAAUGAUUACAACGCAUAG